AGAACAAGUUGUUACUGGAUUAGACCGAGCUGUAGCUACAAUGAAGGAGAAUGAGCACGCAAUUGUGACAGUAAAAUCUGAGUAUGGCUUUGGAAGCAAUGCUGUGAAGCGCGACCUUGCAACAGUUCCUCCUUUCUCGACCCUUGUUUUUGAAGUAGAAAUGCUAAAAUUCAUAAGGGAAAAGGAACCUUGGGAAAUUAGUAUUCACGAGAGAAUUGAAGUAGCUAAUAGAAAGAAGGAAGAAGGAAAUGUACUCUUUAAACAUGAAAAGUACGAAAGAGCAUUAAAGAAGUAUAAGAAGGCUGUGGAUUAUGUUAGUGAAGGCGGUUGCUUUGAAGAUAAUGAUCAGAAGCUGAUCAAAUCAUUACAAGUAUCAUGCUGGUUAAAUGGUGCAGCUUGUUGUCUCAAAUUAGAUAAUUUUAUUGAAUCUAUCAAACAAUGUUCAAUGGUCCUUGGUAUCGAGUCUUCAAAUGUGAAGGCACUAUACAGAAGAGCUCAAGCUUAUAUGAAGACAAAUGAUCUGCACUUGGCUGAAUUGGACAUCAAGAAGUUCCUGGAAAUUGAUCCUGAGAACAAGGAGGUGAAAUUGUUGCAAAAGAAUUUGAAACAACUUCAAGCUGAGAGCAACAAGAGAGAUGCAAAUCUGUACACAACAAUGUUUGCACGCAUGCUGAAUGAAAAUUCUCCAUCUGCAAAGAGAUUAAAAGCUGGGAUAAAGGAUGCUAACAGAGGGGAAGAGGUUAUGGCAAUGGAAAUAGCCGACAAAGAUAAUGUAAAUUCAAAUUCAUCCCCUCUUAGGGAAGAGGCAUAGGAUGCUCCUAUCAGUCGUUCCAUUUAUUUGUGUAACUUUCGUUUAGAUUAUAUUGGUAGUAUCGUCUCUGUUACUAUCCUACAUUCCUACUUAUAUAGUUAUAUGCAGAUUGCCAACGUCAAUCACAUUAUUGUGUGUUGAGCAGUCUGUUUGUUUGUAUCAUUCCAGAAAAUUAAAUCAAUUAGUUCAAUCCUAAUUCUAUCUUAUGUGGGGCCACACUGUUUAAAA